UAUACCCUCUUUGAGUACAAGCUUGACACGAACUCUGCCUGGAACUUACAGCCGACACGGUCGCCGUCGCAAAUAGGAACCGAACGGGAGCAUCAUGUUCUAGGAAUGAUUUAGUAUGGGCCGUUGCUGGUGGCUGGUGUCAGAGUAUACGAAUGUCCAACCUGAAGAACGCACUUUGGGAGCUUCAGGAGCUAAGCCUGAGGAGCUCUUGAGGGAGCUCCAAGUAUGGGUUGCUGCCAAAGCAAGGGCGCGGCGGUCAGAACUCUCUCCGAUGAGGAAGAGCCGCUACCCGCGUCCGCCUACUCCAGCCGCGGCGUGGCGCACGCGUGGCUCCAGGAGAUUGGCCUGGCUCAGUAUGCCCGGGCCUUUGAGGAUGCGGGAUUUAGCGACUGGGACCUGCUUUCUUGUUUGACCGAGUCGGACCUGGACGCCAUCACUCAGCAUACGGGGGCCGUCAUUCCGCCCGGGCACCGGAAGAAGCUGCUCAUGGCGUCACGGCAGAUGGGGCAGGCUUCUCAGUACGGUCCGGGCGCGGUGGUGCCGCUGGGAGUGGCCCGGCGCUACAGCCACAGCAGCAACCCCGGCACCAGCUCCCGCCGCAGUGGGCACGGCUCACGCGGCGGAGGGCUCGUGGCGGCAGCGGCCAAUGUGCUGGAGCGCCGGUCGGCUGGCCGGCGGCCCAGCAGCAGCGCUUCCCGUGUGCCCAGCCACCACGGCACCAGCGGCCACCCCAAUCUUUUCAGCCCUGGAGACCGCGACCGAGCCGGCGGCGGUGGAGCGGGCGCUCGCUACCACACCGAUGACGGCAUGGCGAGCGGCCGGCGCAGCCGCAUCCUGGGCAACCUGCUGGCGAGCCGCAACAGCAGCCGCAACAGCCUGUCAGGCGGCAUGACCGGUGGCGGAGGUGGUGGCGGCGGUGCGGUGGCGGGCGUGAUUGGCUACAUUGCCAGCCCCUCGGCGACGGACAAGGGCAGGCCGCGCUCGGCGGCGGUGGUGGGCAUGAACGGUGGCGGCGGCGGCGAGGACGUGUGGGGGCUCAUUGACGGGCGGCCAAGCCCCGGCGACCAGCACAGUCCGCACUCUGCCGCCGCGGCGGCGGUGGCGGCUUCUGCGGCUGCAGGCGGCAUGGGCACACCGCAGUCACGGCAGCGGCGGCGCUGGUCCGUCAACAAACAGGCAUCGCGUGGCGCGCUGGUGGUGGGAAGCAGCGGCGGCGCCAUGAGCGCCGGGUCGAUGGGUUGGAUGGACGGCGCGGAGGGGGGCCACGGGCUGGGGCCUGCCGGCGGUGGCUAUGCCGUCAACCCGCUAUCCCACGUGGACCCGUCUUGCGCCGUGGGCGUGUACGCGGGUCCGCACUCGGGUCCGGGCGAGUCCGUGGACUACCUUCGAGAGCUGUCGGUUACGUCUGCGGCGGGGGCCCUGGCGCCGCUGCCCGUCCCGGCCGUGGGGCUGCAUAACGGCGUGAACGGCGGGGGGCGCUACGGCAGUGGCGCCGACGCUGCCUCGCCGGGCGUGGGCUCGCCGGUGCCCGUGUCGGUGUCGAUGGCGGCGCAGGGCGGCCGCGGCAUGCAGCGCAACUUGGACUCGCUGGUGGUGGGCGCGGCGGACUUGGGUGCACGGGGCGGGCGAUACUCGCGCCUGCAUGCGCCCGGCGGCGGCGGCGGUGGGGGCGGAUUCAGCGGCGGGCUUGGCCCUUGCGGGGGCCCGGCAGGUGCCGGGCGGGGCGUCUCACUUGCGGCCACGCCGCCAAGCUACGGCGGUGGUGCUGCAGCGGGCGGUGGCGGCGGCAGCUAUCAGGGGCCUGCUAAGGUGACGCGGGCCGCAACCGGCGACGGCGCAUCUGGCAGUGCGCGUCGCGUCCCUAGCGGCAACCGUGCGGGUGAGGGUGCUGGCGCCGGUGGCGGUGGCGGCGGGACGCACAGCGCGGCUGCGUCGCGGCCGCAUUCGCCCGGCGGGAAGUUCACGGACAUAUGGCGCUCACCGGCGAACGCAGCGGCGGCUGCGGCGGCUGGCAGCAGCCCCGCCCAGCGGGGCCCUUCACCUCUACAAGCUGCAGCCAGCGAGGCGCUGCAGGGCCUGCAAGCCGGUGUGACAUCGUCAUCGCCGGCGGCGGCCUUUGGCAACGCUGACUCAACGCUGUCGGCGUGGGCGGGCGCGGGUGGAGGUGGAGGCGGCGGCGGCUUUGCUGCUGCCGGGCGACGGUCGCCGGAGCGGCCCGCACGGCAGGACCUGGCGCCGACGCCGCCGGGGCGGGUGUGGGGCGUGCGCGGCGGCGACACGCCAUCAAGCACCGCGGUGCUGCCGCCGUCCCAACCGGACGGUGCUGCGGCUGGGGCAGGUGGCGGUGGGAAGGGCCUGCCACGGUUUGUCCGGGCAAUCGCGGGCUGGGCCAGUCCCAGCGGUGGUGCGGAGGAGGCAGCCGUUGGCCGGCGCGGCUCCAGUCCCAGGGCGGCGGCGGCGGCGGCGGGCGGCUCACCGGCCAAGUCCAGAGAGGGCAGCGCGCACCGCCCGAACACUGGUGGCGGCGGCAGCGGGGGCAGUGGCGCAGCGGAUGCGUCUACUGCCAAGGGCUCCCUGCUGCAGCGCAGGACGUCCCAACGCUCGGCGCUGCAACCUGAUACCUCUCCACCGCGCGGCCCCUGGGACCAGGACUCGGCCCUAUGCGUUGCUGGCCGUGGCUACAGGCCCGCCUCUCCCUCUCCGGGCCCCGCUUCUUCAGGCACAGCCACAGGCGCUGCUUCUUGCGGUAGCGGGGAACCGCUACCGGCGGUGCCGGGGGCAGGUGCAGCCGGCGGCGGUGGCGGACGCGGCGGCCGCAGCCGUGGCGGCGCCGGUGCCGCUGUGCUGGGUGCGGUGCGCAAUGGCGGCUGGCCGUUCGUCCUGCCGACGCUGCCGCGUAUCUCCGGCAGCGGCAGCUUGGCCGGCGUUCCUGGCGUCAGCGCCGCGGCGCCCGGCAGCUCCGCUGACCCCCUGCCGGUGCCGCCGCUGCCGCCCGGCACGGCGCCGUCGCCCUUCUCUCGACUGUCACCCCUGCCAGAGCUGGGGCCAUUAACCAGCGCGUCCACGCAGCGGAUCUCAAUACCGCAGUCGGCUGCCGCAGGCGGAGGCGGAGAUGGCGGGGGCGCCGACGCGCGCGUGUCGUCGUCGCUGCUUUUAGAGAGCGUGUCAGAUGCGGCGCACGCGCCUCCGGUCCACAGCAGCCGGCCACCGGGCUUCAAGCCGCGCUUCAGCAGUGCUGGAGGCAACUCGGAGACCGCUGGCGCCACGCUGAACGGUGGCGUUGCCGAGGGCGGAGGCGGCGGAAACGGCGGGACGAAUGGCAUCGACGACGCGGGCUUUGUGGAGGACCUACUCACAGGGCCGUCGUUUCCGGCAGUGCACCCCCGCGGACAGGCGGCGCCAGCGGCUGGGCACUCGGCGCCCCCGCUGCCGGCGCCUUACGACCCCGUGGCGGCUGCGGCGCAUGGUGGCGGCGGCGGGCGCGGAGCGGCUGGUGCCGGGGCCGGCAGUGCGGGCGGCGCAGCGUCGGCGGUGGCGCACUGGCCGGCGAUGCCGCUGCAGCCGCCGACGCGGCCGCGCGCGGGCCACGUGUCAGUCGGUCACCCCGGCGCGGCCGGCGCCGCUGCCGGCAUGCAGGUGCUCACGCCUGAGGCGCCCGGCCCCACGCGCCAGCCGCAGCGGCCUGCCGCCAUGUCGGCGGCGACGGUGAAGGCGCCGUCGGGGCCGCCGCGGCCUACGCCGGGCCGUCAGCUGGAUCUGGAGCUGCUCGCGGACCAGGUGCAGCGCAUCAUGGCGCAACUGUCAGCCAUCACCGCCACCAGCGGCGCCGGCAGCAAGCGCGUGAGCGCCGGCGGCGAGGCUGCCGGCGCGCCGGCGGGCGUCGCAAGAGCUGGUGCUGGUGCGGGCGGUGCGGGUGCUGUGGCCGCUGCCGUAGAUGCCAUGGACGUGGAUGCGGUGGCUGUGGACGCGGCAGCGAACCCAGCGAUCGUGAUGGCGGCGGCGGCGGCAGCAGCCAAGGCGGAUGGGAUCCGCAUGCAGGCCAUGGACCGCAAGCGGCUGGAGCUGCAGCUGCUGCACCGUGACUUGGUGUCGCGUGUGGCGGCCAUGGCGGCUCUGCCCUCGCCGCGCCGCGCCGCCAGCGCCGCCACGUUGUCAGCCGCCGCGCGGGAGGACGACGCCCUUGCAGACGCGGAGGCGGCGGAGGCGGCGGUGGCGGCGGGCGCGGUCGCCGAGGUGGAGGCGCGCAUACGCGCCAAGCUGGCCGAGCUAGCGGAACUUACCGGCAGCGGCGGCCAGUCGGACACAAAGGAUGACGGCGGCGUGGCAGCGGCCGCGCGCAAGCGCGCUGCCAUGAUGGCUGCGGCGGCAGCAGGCGAAACACCGACACGGCAGCAGCAUCUGCAGGGACGUGUGGAAAAUGAGGCGGCGCUGCAUGACGAGGUCCUGGCGGUGCUGGGGGCACGCAAGCGCCAGGCUCGCGCCGGCCGCCGCAGCAACGGAGGGGAGGGCACCGCCGCCACCGCUGCGGCCGCAGCCACAGCCGCGUGUGAGGGCGCCAGCGGCAACGGCUUUCAUGCUGGCUCGGUGCUGGCAGGCAACCACGACACUCUGCGAGAUGAGCUUCUGGCGAUAGAGGGGCGGAUCAAGGCGCGCGUGCGGGAGGCGGGUGGUGGCGCGGUCGCGCGACGGCAGUGAUGUCAGCAACGGGGCCACAGCGAGGAAAACCGGAUGGGCUGGCUACGUCUCUGCUAUGUGAACCCAUCACAGUGAACUCAAUCAGUUGUGGGGAGUCGGUAUACAGGCAACCCCCAUCGUUCAUAUGCAAACAAACACUGCCGACCAGCGGGGUGGGUGCCUUGCUACAUAUGCAGCGCGAAUGGCGCCUGGUACGCAAUGGAUUGGACUGCACGCGAGGUGCCCAGGGUGGGAUGCGUGCUGCCGCAAAGGCAGAACCAUUUAAGUAAGACAUAGGCGACGACAAAAGGCGUGAACCAUGACCACUACCAUAAUGUAUGCGGAGGGCCCUGAGAUAGGUGGAUGGGCGCCGACGUGCCGUGCAUCUUUGACCGGAUGGGCGCUACUCGCAAUGUGAAUGUGGGUUGCCCAUUGCGGUCUGGUGCGAAAGUGCGGCGUGGUCAGUCAUGGUCGUGGCGGCGAACGAAGGGGUGCGCGCAGCGACCCUGCUGGCUGGGAGUGGAGCGCUUGAAAUCGAGGUACUGCCGUUAUUGUUUUGCUAUGUACUUCCAGCCUCGUCAUGGCCUUUGCAUGUUGUUUUAGGAUGACCGCGAAGGCUCUUGGGAGUGGGUAUGACGCCUGAGGGGGCGCCUGAGGGGAUGACCGACCGGGAUGACCGAUUGCGGGAUGGCCGGUUGCGGGAUGGCCGAUUUCUCAUCGUAAACUCUGUCCGUCUGUAAAUUGCAGACCAU